GCGCGUGUUGACAGCGGCGGCGGUGGAGCCGGGCGGGCGGCGGGAGUCUGCGCCUCCGGUUCCUGCCCCGCGCCCCGGGCGGCGGCGGCCGGGCGUCCCGGGAUGGCCUUCAUGGAGAAGCCGCCGGCCGGCAAGGUGCUGCUGGACGACACGGUGCCGCUGACAGCAGCCAUCGAGGCGAGCCAGAGCCUGCAGUCGCACACGGAAUAUAUCAUUCGGGUGCAAAGAGGAAUUUCUGUAGAAAACAGCUGGCAGAUUGUUAGAAGAUACAGUGACUUUGAUUUGCUGAACAACAGCUUGCAGAUUGCAGGCCUAAGUCUACCUCUUCCUCCCAAAAAGUUGAUUGGUAACAUGGAUCGUGAAUUCAUAGCUGAGAGGCAGAAAGGUCUUCAGAACUAUCUCAAUGUUAUCACCACAAAUCAUAUUUUGUCUAAUUGUGAGCUGGUUAAGAAGUUUUUAGAUCCAAACAACUAUUCUGCAAACUACACUGAGAUUGCCUUACAACAGGUUUCCAUGUUCUUCCGAUCAGAACCAAAGUGGGAGGUGGUAGAACCAUUGAAAGACAUAGGUUGGAGGAUAAGGAAGAAAUAUUUCUUGAUGAAGAUUAAAAAUCAGCCAAAGGAACGGCUGGUGUUAAGCUGGGCUGACCUUGGCCCGGACAAGUACUUGUCAGAUAAAGAUUUUCAGUGUUUAAUCAAACUUCUUCCUUCCUGUUUGCACCCUUACAUCUAUCGGGUUACCUUUGCCACAGCUAAUGAAUCCUCAGCAUUGUUAAUUAGGACGUUUAACGAAAAAGGAACUUUGAAGGAUCUGAUCUACAAGGCAAAACCAAAAGACCCAUUUUUAAAGAAGUACUGCAACCCUAAGAAGAUUCAGGGCCUUGAACUCCAGCAAAUAAAAACCUAUGGAAGACAGAUAUUAGAGGUACUAAAGUUUCUUCACGACAAGGGCUUCCCUUAUGGGCAUCUUCAUGCCUCCAACGUGAUGCUAGAUGGGGACACUUGCCGGCUGCUAGACCUUGAGAAUUCCUUGUUGGGCCUUCCAUCCUUCUACCGAUCUUAUUGCUCACAAUUCAGGAAAAUCAAUACAUUGGAGAGUGUGGACGUCCACUGCUUUGGCCACUUACUAUAUGAAAUGACUUAUGGACGACCACCAGACUCGGUGCCUGUAGACUCCUUCCCUCCUGCCCCGUCCAUGGCUGUGGUGGCCGUGUUGGAGUCUACGCUGUCUUGUGAAGCCUGUAAAAAUGGCAUGCCUACCGUCUCCCGGCUUUUACAGAUGCCAUUAUUCAGUGAUGUUUUACUAACCACUUCUGAAAAACCACAGUUUAAGAUCCCUACAAAGUUAAAAGAGGCAUUGAGAAUUGCCAAAGAAUGUAUAGAAAAGAGACUAAUUGAAGAACAGAAACAAAUUCACCAGCAUCGAAGACUGACAAGAGCUCAGUCACACCACGGAUCUGAGGAAGAAAGAAAAAAAAGAAAGAUUUUAGCUCGAAAGAAAUCAAAACGAUCUGCUAUUGAAAAUAGUGAAGAGCAUUCAGCAAAGUACAGCAACUCCAAUAAUUCAGCAGGAUCUGGGGCCAGCUCACCUCUCACGUCCCCGUCAUCGCCGACUCCACCCUCUACAUCAGUAGAGCAUGCACCAUUUUGAACGUGAAUUUUCGGUAAAGUAAACUAUGCUGAUUUCUCUAAGUUUAAAGAUGCUCUGUUUCUGUAUGUGAAAUAGGUCCCAAUGUGUCUCAAUCACUGACGUGAUAAACAAGUGGGAAGGCAGAUUUGAGACUAUUUCCUUAUCUGAACAUUUAAAUGAAAUACAGCAUCUUUAAAAAGCACUCAAGUAACUUCAUCUGUAUUCAUUUCAUCCUCAUCAUGACCUUCAAAGUCUUCAUUUUCACUGUGAUUUUAGUUUCAAAAUAUAGCUCUAAAACCUGCAAAUCAACUGCAUGGCAUUUUGGUGUAUUAUAAUUUUGGAAAGAUGACUUUCGAGGUCCUAUUGCUGCAAAAAUGUUUGCUCCUAGUUGCUGUGAUGAAGAAUUAGGCAGUUGAGGUCUUGGUUACAGAGAGACGACUUACUGGCUUUUCUACUAAUCAUGGGGAAAACAGUUCUUUGUUAAGCAUUCUUAAUAAUUCGCAAGUUGGGACACAAGUACAGCCCCUCCUCAUCUGCCUGAGGCAAAGGGCAAAGGUGGUUCCCAAGAGCUGGGGGCUGCCUGCUUCCAGGGGUCGUGGCUCUCCAUUCUCUCCCGAGGGUAGCUCGUAGGCCUGGUGUUGCUCUGGUGUGGUCUAGUGGCCACUUGGCCUCCCUGCCUACAUGUGUGGACCACAAAGGAACUUGGAGCUACCGAGAUCUGUAGAAUGCCCACUGCUAACGGCCAAAAUUGGCCUGAGGAAAGGGGACCCUCAGAUGUCCUUUUCCUGAGUCUGUCGAGGAUGUUCCUGGCAUGGCGCUCCUCCCUAGAUCCAAUCUGUGCUCUGGCCGCAGCAGUCUGUGUCCUCUUUAGGGCCUCUGCUGGGCUGCCAGGUUCCCGUCUGGUUUGGUGGAGGGGAUUGCGGGGAGGGUAGAGUAGUUGGUGCUCAUGGUUUUUGGCUAAGAGAAAACUGAGAUGGGAGAAAUCAGGACUGAGCUGGUUAUAACUGAAGAUGGGCUGUCGUGGAGCCUCCCCCAUCCUGGUGUGAGUUCAGUUAGCCAUCAGUCUCACAUGGGAUCCAUCCGCUCUUGUCUGUGGCCUGGGGAUAGGGCCUAUUGGAGGCCUCUUGGCAGGAGGAGCUCACUGGCGCUUUAGGGAUGGAGGGAGCUCAGGCGUCAGGCGGUUGUUCCCAGGUUUGUCUCAGGCCAAAUUGCCAACUUGCAUUUGGCCUUUGUUACCCCUGCCCCCAGCUUCCCGCCAUUGAUACUGUCAUGUUGUAGCUUAAGCCCCGAUUUACCUUUAAAGGAAGCUUGUAGAUCAUGGAAAAGGCAAGGACAGUCAAUGGGGCUUGGAGUCAGAGACUGUGAGCCCCAGGUCUGUGUUCCUGCCUCCUCCAGUUUUGACCUUCUGACUCCCAGACCUCCUCUCCUGGUCCUGGUGAGUUGGGUUCUGGCUGGCCCUGACUAUACAUGUCACGGUCCACCAGAGCGAGGAAGAGCGAGGACGAGUGGACCUCCUGGGACAUCAAGCCCCUUGCGACUGGUCCGGCACCCUCAAGCAGACAUCAGGGUGACCUUGCUCUUUACCCCUGGAUGAGCAGCCUGUCCUCCCGCACAGCCCUCAGCAUCCGUGUGCUUUACAGGCACCGGCUACCCUGUAGGACUCUGGGCAGUUUAUUUAUUUACACUACCUCCAUUUUUAAACGGAUUUGUUUAAAAUGACAAGAAUUUCACCUUUACUUGGUAAAUGAAGAUCCAUUUACUGAACUCCUUUCCCAACCUCCAAACUCUGUGGUAGUGCAUUUGCACUUUUAAUUCUGAGUGCCUGCUAAUGAGGCCAAAGUCAACGGUGGGUUCUGAGGCCAAGCAUUUUGUCCUGUGCUAAGACUGUAAUCUGUACCCCUGACCCAGCGCCUGAGGCCUGUCUCUAGCUUCCCAGAAUUCUCACCUGGAGGGGUGACUGCUCUCCAGAUGGCCAGUGCCAUGACUUUGGUAGAACCCCCAAGCACUGCUGCAGCCCAGAGCCUGUCUUCUCGUCCUAAACCUUGCAGUGAUUCUUCUGUAUUGGGUCAAAGCACAAAGCUGGGCUGCAGAAACCUUCUGAGAGCUGCGCCCUGCAUGUCAAGUGCAGAUUCUGUGGCCCUUUUCUAGCCAUUAGGUGGGAGCGCCUGGGAAGGGCAUUGACACCCACUCACCCCUAAACAGGCAGAGCUCACUCCUCGGGGCCCACUUGGCCCUGUAGUCAAGAGACCCAGUUCCAACGGCCUUCAACAGAGGUUUCCCCACCUCCUUGCAUGUCACUGAUCGCUAUGUCACGUUUAUUCUCCACAGUUUUCUCACCUCAACACUUACUACAGGCUUAAAAUCCUUUUUCUCUUUAUAACACUGUGACAUAAAGCCAAGAACAUUUUCCCACAGCAUAAUAGAACUUCAUUCAUGAGUUGUUAUCGUGUAGAACCAAUGAAAAUUCCAUUUUGUUCAUUUGUCUAUAUUUACUUUUCAUUUGUAUUGCUCUAUUAUUUGAGAAUUCCAGGAUUGCAGAGCAUGAGUAUAUGUGUUUGUGUGAUUCUUUAAUUUCAGCUGCCUUAGGUUUGGGUAAAGAUGUAAAGGAAGGUAAGUGAUUUUCUAUUAAUUGUAAGACAUUAGUUACCUGUCACGCUUGGUGAAAAUGAUGUCCUUAUUUGUGUAUUUUAUUGGUGAUCCUGAACCAUCAUCCAUACAAACUCAAAUAGUGAUCGGUAUCUUUACCUGUUUUCACCACAGCUCGGUAGCCGUUUGGGGCGAACCACACAGUGGACCAUCUCCCUGGUGUAGCCCUGGGAGGAGUAGAGACAGCAACACAGGUUGAGUCUCAGAGAGCUUCAGAGUUCACAGGAGAUGGGGACAACUCUGUGGCAUAGGAAAGUUCUUUAAGGCAGAGCUUUUUGUGUUCUCAGUGUUUAUUUUGUCCUGAGAGAACAAUUCAUUCAUUGACUGAAAAUAUAAAAUUCAAGUUGCAAAUGUUCAUGUGUCUGAAAGCUGAGGGAAGUUUUAGAAACCUGUCCAGUGUCCCUCUCCUUGCCCACUAGGGUAUAGCAGAACUUUCUAGUUUCUCCUGAUACUUCAGCCAAGAUGCAUGUUUAAUGCAGUUCUAUUCUUUUCCUGCUGCGGUGGAAAGAAUGGUACUUCAGGAAGACUCCUCCCUAGGAAUGCCCUUGCCAGAGAGAGAGAGAGACCCCUGUGCCCCCUGCUUGGCACUGCUAACAAUUAUUAGCAUUUUACAGUUCUUUAAUGCAACCUAAUAGGAAAUGAUUAUUCGAGACAGACUGGACUCCUCUGGGAAAUGCAUAACCCAGCAGGCACUGGUCCCUUGCCAAGAAUCCCGAGUGGUUUGUUAUUUUGUAUUAAGUCACAUCCUUCAAAUACUGUGUGUUGGAGCAGCUAAAGAACUGUUCAUCCCUUAUGAGUAACUGACAUUCAGGUAGCCCAACUCUAUGCAUACAGAUGUCUUAUCUUUAAUUGCUGCCCCAAAAGUAGAUAGAGCUGCCCAGGACCUGGCUGAUGUAGCUAGGAACUCUCUUUUGGGGAUCAUUACUACAAUUUGGAAAUGGGGUCAGAGCCUCAUCUGUGCAGAGACUGUCACUGUGUAUGGUUUCACGUGAUCUGUAAUAUUUGUGCCUACACUCUUUUUAAUAUGACUGUUAUUUGAGGGAAAUGACAACCGUUCCCCUUUGAUACUUCUAGCUUUUUUUAGUAUUUUAAAAAAUCCUGCAGUACUCGGUGAGGAAAACACGAGUCCAUUCUCCCCAGGACGAGCAGUAGCAUGUGUGCAGGGCAGUUGGAGGGGUGAUUACUGACUGUCUUCUCUUGGCCGUUUUCCUCCACAGGGAUUUCUGCAUUACCUCCACCUCCUCCA